UGACUGACAUCGCUGCAGUGUCGCCACAUUCAUGUAGUUCUGAUUGAGUGGAGUAGUGCACACUCGGGCAGAAUGAUCAAACAGGGUGACUAACAGGAGGAGGUGGACGAAGGGGGAAGAGGAUGGGUGUGAAUGCCUCCAGCUACCCUCACUCAUGCUCCCCUCGAUUUGGGGGUAACCCACAGACUCAGCAGACCUUCAUAGGCGCCUCCUAUGCACCACAGGGUUAUGGUGGCGAGUCCAAGCUCUACAGCCUAGAACAUGGCCCUGAAAAACCUCAGGACAAGAAGAAAAAGAGCUCUGGUUUGGCAACGCUCAAGAGGAGAUUCAUUAAGCGUCGCAAGUCCAGUCGGUCAGCCGAUCAUGCACGGCAGAUGCGUGAGCUCCUCUCGGGGUGGGAUGUGCGUGACGUUAAUGCACUGGUGGAGGAGUAUGAGGGCACGGCGGCUCUCAAAGAGCUCAGUCUGCAGGCGGGCCUGGCCCGUCCCGAUGCUCGCACCCUUCAGCGGGACUUGGCAACCCUUUAUCAGCACAAAGACUGCACUGACGUGGACCUAAUCUUCCAAGAUUCCUGCUUCCCAGCCCACCGUGCUAUUCUGGCAGCCCGCUGCCUGUUCUUCAAGACUCUGCUUUCGUCGUCGCCGGGUUAUGGAGCUGAGGUGUUGUUGGAUUUUGGCAAAGUGGGCAUGGACGCGGCCAUGUUCUCCUCCUUGCUGCAUUACCUCUAUACAGGUGAGCUGGGCUCACAGGAUGCAAGGCUGCAGAAUGUGGAUGUUCUGGUGAGAUUGAGCGAGGAGUUCGGUACGCCCAACUCCUUAGAAACAGACAUGCGAAACCUCUGUGAACACAUGCCGUAUUUUGACUCACUGCUUAGCUUCUCCUCUGACUCGGAGCUGGUGGAGACUUUUGGAGCUGGAGGGCCUGCCUCUAGCGGUGGAGGUGGAAAUGCAGGGUUAAGCCACAGUUCAACUGAGGAAGAGCUGAGGGCCCACAAGUCCGUGCUCUCUGCACGCUCGCCCUUCUUCCGCAAUCUGUUGCAACGACGCAUCCGCUCAGGUGAGGAGAUCACAGAGCGCACUCUGCAAACCCCCACCCGUAUUAUCCUUGAUGAAUCCAUCAUCCCCAAGAAAUAUGCCCGUGUGGUCUUGCACUGCAUGUACUCUGAUGCAGUGGACCUGUCACUGGUGCUGCAUGGUAGCCCCUCUGAAGGUAGUCUGGGUGAAGUUCAGGCACUGGUGGCUGGGAGGGGGUGCAUGACCCGGGCAGAAGAGGCCAUGGAGCUCUACCACAUCGCUCUCUUCCUGGAAUUUAGCAGGCUGGCACAAGGCUGUGAAGACAUUGUGGCAGAGAGCAUCUCGCUAGAAUCUGUGGUGGCCAUUCUGAAGUGGAGUUCACAGCCCUACGGUUCCAAAUGGGUUCAUCGGCAGGCUAUGCACUUCUUGUGUGAGGAAUUCAGCCAGGUCAUGAUCUCCGAUGUUCUGUAUGAGCUCAGCAAGGAGCACCUGUUGGCAGCCAUUCAAUCUGAUUAUCUGCAGGCCAGUGAGCAGGACAUCCUGAAAUAUGUGGUCAAGUGGGGUGAACACCAGCUAAUCAAGAGGAUGGCUGAUAGAGAGCCUAACCUGCUGAGUGGCACUGCACAUAGUGUGAAUAAACGUGGUGUGAAAAGAAGGGAUCUGGACCUGGAAGAGCUGAAAGAAAUUCUCUUUCCGCUGCUGCCUUUCGUCCGAAAUGAGCACAUAUUACCCACCAAUAGCGAAGUCCUCUCUGACACUAUGAAGAGGGGUCUGAUCAGCACCCCUCCCUCUGACAUGCUGCCCACUGCAGAGGGAGGCAAAGCCAAUGCCUGGCUCAGGCAGAAGAGUGCUGGCAUUUAUGUCCGCCCACGGCUCUUCUCUCCAUAUGUGGAGGAGGCCAAGGCGAUUCUGGAGGAGAUGAUGGUUGAGCAGACUGAUCUAGUGAGGCUGCGCAUGGUACGCAUGUCUAAUGUACCAGACACGCUCUACAUGGUCAACAGUGCCAUCCCCCAGUGCUGUCACAUGAUUAACCACCAGCAAAUGGCUGGCAGCCAGACAGCUCCACCAUCUGUGGUUGCUAAUGAGAUACCAGUACCCAGGUUGGCAGUAGUGAAGGAAAUGAUUCGUAGGCUGCAGGAGCUGCGUCACACAGAUCAGGUGCAGCGAGCGUAUGCUCUGAACUGCGGCGAGGGCGCCACAGUCAGCUACGAGCUGCAGAUCCGUGUACUUAGAGAGUUUGGCCUACCUGAUGGGGCGGCAGAACUCCUACAGAAUCCGCACAAAUUCUUUCCUGAGGAGCGUUUCGGAGAUGAAAGUCCCAUCCUGGCCCUGCGCCAGUCAAGUCGCUGUCGGGUCAACAGUACACCAGCUGUGGAGAGCAUGUUCACUGACCUGGAGGCACUUGUGGGGUUCCACCCUCCUCUACCCCCUCCACCUCCACCCUACCAUCCACCGACCACCCCAGGCCAUAGCCAGCAGCAGUUUAAAGCAGGCUGGAGACCUCGAGUCCCCAGCCAACCUCCCUCCAGAUCUUUCUCUUACCCCUGCAAUCAUGCACUUCUCCACAGGCAGCCCUCAUCCAAAAUGGGAAGCCCAGUCUACCCAAUAGGAGCCAAGCCUCUACCCCAAGAAUGCACUAAUGCUCACGGGGGGCGAAAUCUUCAUCCUGAAAAGCAAAUGCAGAGCAUGGAACCUGUCAUCAAUGAGUUCAUGCCAGACAUCGCCAUGGGAGUUUCGGCAAUGAGCCUGAAGGAGCGACGACUUGCAGAGGUCUCUAUGGAGGUGGAGAGUCAUGAAACCCAUCCUCACCUUUCAACAGCACCCCCCAUGUCCCACAGCUACACCGCCCGUCACCCCCACUCCUCCCGCAAGCGCCAUGCAGCCGAGCCCAAGCCUGAGGGCCCGCAACCUGAAUUCCCAGAUCUCUACGAGUUCCCGGGCCGUCACGUGCCUCCCUACAGUGGACCGGACCUCUACAUCCAUAGCCGUCAAGCAGGCAGUGGGCAGCCCCCACCAGCCUACUCUGAUGCUUCAGAGGCAUCCCUUCGCCUGGAUGUGCUGGAACAGCCUCCUCAGAGACUGGACUUGGCAAUUGUCUCACAAGGUGGUGUCGUUCAAGCUACACAGAGGUCACGGCCCAUAAACGAGACAGACCUCACCUGUGGGCUUGGCCCUUCCACAGAACAGUAUGAGGAGUGGACCAUGGGUCGCCGUCCAGCUCCAGGGGUAAUAGGGCUGGGGUUAGGGGGGAAUGUAGGGACAGGAGAAGAGGGAGACUUGGGUGCCCGAGACCGCAGGUCACCCAACAAACCCGAAUACCCAUACAGGAAGUCUGCUCUCUGACCCUGAUUAAAAAGAGGGGUCAUGAAACUGAAGACUGAUAUAAAUGCUAAGUGUAAGCUAGCUGGUGAGGCACCAGCAGUCCUGCACUUUGUGUUCUUUGGAAGGGUGACAGUAUCUUUUAGUGAUGAGUGCCCAUAAGCUACAUGUUGGUGGCUUCCUUUAAGAGGCUUAAAUGCAGAUGGCACGUAAACUGCUUCAGACAGAUUAAAAACCCAGUUGGACAAGGUAAGACGAGAGCUUGGUUUGAUUGUGUGCACCCUGAGAAGAGGAGAAAAAUGCUAAAUAAUCUGAGGCUGCAGAAAUAGAUUUAACAUAAAAUGCCUCUUUAAACUGAACGCCCUAGAUUACUUUGCUGGUUCUCUGGUAUUUAUGUUUUCCUUAUGAAAUCUCCUGUCUCCUAUGAUGCAACUUGUCAGGCAUAACAAUGGCUCAGAUGCACCAUUAAAUGUGAAUAGGGCUUUGUUUUACCAUAUUUCACAACCCAGAUCUAUGGAGUCAUUCCUGUGCAUAUUUAACUGUACACAUUAUCUGUAAACUCAUAACAAAUUUGGCUCAAACUUUUACAUUCAGGUUGUCCUUUAAAGGCUGCAGUUGGUGGCAUUCCUGAGCAAUGGUUCUUAGUCUUUUUAAGCUAAAUGUGGGUUCAUUAGCAGUUGUAAAGGGAGCUCAAUCAAACCAACCUCAAGCCUGUGUCCUCUGUUAUGGUUGGACAGCAGCAGUCCAUGGGCAGAAAUUCAUUAGCUUUUCUGUGCUAGUCACGGAGUUCUGUAAGCAGAUGUCCAACAAUUAUGAUGUCAAGAACAGGCCUUGCAAAAAAGACAAUUCCGAGAAGUGUCAUGGACAACGAUUUCGACAGAUUUAAUAUUUUUGACAAUAUCAUAGACAACACUUUACAAGACUAUAUCAUGCACUGCUGCAUGCCCUACAGAUAAAUGAACUUUCUUAUUUUAAGCUUUUUUUAACAUGAAGACCUGUAUUCUUGAACUGUGCAAUAGUGCAGCCUUUUCAUUUUAACAUGAAUUUUACUCUCUUCAACUUGUACAAUAAUAUUCUUUCUCAGAUUAUUAUGCUGGCACAGCAAAUAUUCAGACUUAAGUUAAUCAACAAUACCCUUACAUGUGAUGGUACUUCUCACAUGCUCUAAAAUUAUUUGAUUACAUAAGAUUCUUUUGUUGUCUUCGACUAGGUAGGACCUCUGAAUAUCCAAACAAUCUUCUGUUAUAUUCAUCCCAUGUUAUUUACUUAAGAGUGCUUUUUUCAUUGGGGCACAAGAGGUCUUGUGAAAAAGCACAACAAUUCUGAGAAUACUGAGAAUGUCAUAUAUUAACUUGGUCAGAUACGAGUGCUCAGUCAUUGGUAAAAAGGCUUAAGUUUUGUUUGGUUGGAUCAGGUUGGGUUUUUGACUGUUUAGAAGUGACUAAAACCCACAGCUAGACCAAAGAUGUGUUGGGGAGGAUCUUUAUGUUGCAGGUUUAGGUGUUGCUUGGUAAAUCUGUCUAACAUCGGCCAGGUUUUUUGUCUCUUGGUAAGUUCAAUUUAAACUGCUGGGUUUAGAUUUCUUGAUAGUUACAUAGACUCUUCGGUGACCGAUUGUAGAAGGAACAUUCAUCAUCAAUUGAUUUUCUUGAUUCCCUAGGCACUUUGACCAACAUAAAUGGCCUAAAGACUUGCCUCUCCAGUUAUGCAGCUAAGUUAAUCAAGGAGUGAAACUGCUGCAUCUGCAGUUAUUGCCUUACAACAUUAGCUUGGGAAAUCCAGUUCUCCGUCUUAAAUCACAUAAGGUCUCCUGUGCCAGAGAGAGAGUCUCUAUCUCUGACCAGCUUCUCUCAACAUGUACUUAAAUAUGAAUUUGAUUUCCUUAUAUUCUUUUCAAAUUAUUCAAACCUCUUGAGCCUCACCUUGAAAAUGUAUCAUUGAUUAACCAGAACCAACAGCUGGACACAUUUUCUUUACUAUUCCACAUAUAUUUCUAUGAAGAACCUCUCUCUCUUUUCUUCAUCUUGCCAUUUUAUUCAAUAGAGGAGUCAACGUAACAGCCCAGUGAAGAUGUUCAAAUAAAGAGAGAAGCUUUUGUGAGGAAAGUGUACCAUGCUUGCUGUAGCCACACAAAUUAUUCCUCUGUGUGCCAUCUUAAACAAGCAUUUGUGGUAACUAAAUGAUGCAGAUAUUAUUAAUGGCCAGAAUUAUUCUUCAUCAACCCUUGGUUAUUUAUUACAACCCCAAUUCUGAAAAAGUUGGGACAGUAGGAAAAAUGCUAAUAAAAACAAAAGGAG